ACAAACUUAUAUCUAUGGUCAUGAAAAAGAUUCGUAAAGGAGAAGAAGAUGAAGAAAGAGCAAGAGAAAAAGGAAAAGAAGGAGGGGAAGAAGGGGAAGGAGGAGAAGGAGGGGAUGGAGGAGAAGGAGGAGAAGGUUGGGUUCGAAUGGUGAAUGCUGAAUUCUAUUUGGUUCUUUUCUCCUACCAAGAUAAUAAAAAAGAGUUCCUUCCUGGAGAUACGGUACAGUUGUUGUACAAAACAAAGGAUUGGGGAUACGUGAAACCACAUGGAGGACAUGGAGUAGAUGUAUCCACAGGAAUUAUCCCCCUGGCGUUUAUUUCCAGAACUACCUUCAAAACUGAGAUAUCUGUAAACUUAAAAAGCGUGAUAAAAACGACUUUGAAAACUUUUAAGAAGGCGUUUUUGCACAGAAGCAUCAAAGAGAAUAGUAAAAAGAAAACAGAAGAUUUUGUUAAACAGUGGGGCAAGCUUACAAAUCUUUAUGGGUGCUGGAACUCUUUAAUAAACAAGCUGGCAACCCCUGAUCUAGACAAGUUAACUCAAGAGACUGUUCAGGCAAUAAAUGAUCUUCCUAUCCUGGGUAAAGAGAAGCUUCUAAUUGAUAAUAAAUGUGCUGGGAUCUGCACUGAAGAACUUUCCUUCAACAUGCUGGCACAACUUUACCAGAACAAUCAACUAACAGCAGCGUCUAAGUUUGAUGAAAAUGAAGGGGAGAGUAAAUAUUGCUGUCUAUCAAUGCGAAGUCAUGAAAUAAGUUUCCCGAUACAACAAAAUCAGAGUUUGGAUUUCCAGUUGGCUUUAUUUCGACCUGAAGAAGGAUUCAUAACAGAAUUUUUUGUAUAUCCUGAUAUGACAAAGCCCAAGGAAAUCGGAAGGAAACGGAUUUUUUUCAGCGACAAUUUGAAAGAAAACACCUUCUUUGCUGUGUUAGUUGUUCUGAAUGAACCUUCUAAAGCUAAAAAACCUGUCGCAGUUUGCUUUAAAAAGCUAGAGAAGACGAUAUUUGAAGAAGACGACAUUGUUCUCUCGGUCUUUCCUGUCAAAGAUAUUCAUGUUUCAAUCAGGGAAUACUUGAGAAGACAAAUCGAAAGUAAUGAAAGAAGAACGUCCAAUAAAAUCUGUUUCUCCUGUAAACGGAUGUCAAAAGAGGAUAUAAAGGAUGAUGAUUAUGUAUUCUAUAAUACAUAUAAUCUCAGUAUUCAUGAAAAUAUCAACAAUCUCUAUGUUUCCAUCAAUCGUGCUAAAAUCACUGAGAACUUCCAGAUGUUUGGAGAUAGUUCUGAUUUGGGUGUGGAGGUGUAUAUUCCAGAUAGGAAUGGUUCAUACACAAGUGUUCUGGAUUUUUCAGGGGCCAAGACAGGGGUGUAUACAAGCCUAGCUUCUGUUAGUGCAGGAAAUAUUUCAGAAUGGAACGAGGUUUUUCUAGUAAAUGUAAAUGAGGGUUGGAGAAAUCUUCACAUUUUAUUUAAAAUCUACAAGUACGAUGAGAAGAAAGGGAAAAAACUUGUGGCUUUCUCCUUUUUGCCUUUUCAGUCCAGAGCAAACCAUACGUUUUUGCAAGACUCAACGAUGAAGUUGAUAAUAUUUCAAACAACAAACGAUUAUGAACCAACACAUUUGGAUUACAUUCAAACAAAGAUGCCGUAUUUGCUGGAUGCAGAGGCUAAAAAGAUGAAGAGAUAUAAUGUGAAGAAUAAAUUUGCCCCCAAAAAGGAUGAUUUCUUAGAGGUAGAUACUUGUCUAAAAUCUACUGUACUAUCUGAAGACCCGAGUAUAUUCCAACUGAUAAACAUUAAUCCUUCUCAAGUGGAAACCUCAAACCUUCAGAGUAUUCUCUCCAACUUCCUACAAUUCAAGCCACAGGUUCCCUUUAAAAAACUGGUUUUUGUGAAACAAAUCCUGGAUUCCCUUUGGCGAAUUUUAGAUGAGAAUCAGGUUGAGGCUGAGGGAGUAUUUUACUGCUUUUUUGAAACUAUUUAUCCUAUUUCUUUUGUGAAAGAAUAUGCGAAUAUGAAAAAUAUAUUGAAAGAAUACAUUCAGCAUAUUUUUGAUAAUAAAAAUGUGUUUGAGCUUUUUAUCGAGUCCUUCAUCAAACUCCUCACAGGCAACGAGAAUGAAACAAGGUCUGAAGAGGCUUUAAUCCCUAUAUUUAAAUCCUUUGGCAUAUUCCUCGACUUUGUGGCUAAAUCCUACCAAAUCAACUACCUUCAAGAUCAAACCUACCACCUCAAACCUUUUGAAGAAAUGGCGGCUUGUAUUGAAAACUACCUCGAUCAAGAAAGUGAUGAAGUCAAAAAAGGUGUUUUGUUUAAAGAGGUAUUCAGGUUGUCAUCAUUAAAUAUAUUCUUUGAUCUUCUGUCAUCUACUAAAAUGUCAUCAUUUAUAACAAAGUUGCUUGGGUUUGAUUCUAUACAAUUAACCCUUCGACUGGAUGCUGCAAUACAACUAGUGGACUCUAAGUUGAGUUCUGAGCCUGGGUUUUGGGAAAACAUUCUCGAGGCGGCCUGGGACCCUUUAAUGCUAGGAUUCAGCCAGAUACGACUGGAGAAGACCGUGGCAAGCAAACUUCUUGUUCUCAUGGCAAAACUUUUAGAGUUGACUUCUAAGUAUUCUGAAGCUCAUAGAGACAAGAUUGUUGAGAUUUUUCUUGGAAAAGUUGUAGAAUUUCAAAGACGACCUGAAUGCCGCGAAAUAUCCGAUAAUGCUAAAGUUCUGUACAUCUGUAUGUUGGAAAGAAUAAAGAAAAGCAUAGUUGGUUUAUAUAUGGAAAAGGACAAACAAUGGGAAUAUAUGUUGGUUAGUGCAGGGGAGUUCUUAGUUACCCAUCCUUUAGUAUUAGCAUAUACUAGGGUUCGAGAACAUGCUUUCAAGAUAGUUGUUAGAUUCUUGAAGAAGGUAGAGGAACUGGUCAGAGAUUUCUCCCAUCGUUUAGAUCUCCAGCAUGAGCUGGUCGUCACCAUCCUUAAGAUUAUUCAGGUUGAGGAUAUGGAUGGAGGAAUUGAUGGUUCAUACAUUGUUUUUUAUAAAAACCAGUUGGUUCAGAUACUGAAACUAUUCUUCAGGGCUCAGGCUGACCCACAUAUCCACCAGCUGGCCACUCACAGGAACUCUCAUAUCGUUGAAAUCAUCUUCGAAGCAAGCGCAGUUCAGGAAGUUAAAGAGAAUCAAACAGAUCUGGUUGGAAUUUUAUUCGACAUAAUAAAAGCAGAAUAUAUGUCGUCUUCCGACCAGAGUGUAAGUGAGAUCUACAGUUGGUUUAUUGAGAAGAUAUGGAAAAUGUAUUUAAGUAUCAACUCAUCAGUAAGUCAGCAGUUUAAAAACAGUCUGAACCUGAUUUUGACAAAGAAACUAGAAGAAUUUAGGAAUCUACACCAAGAUAAACGGAGAUCUACUAUCUUGGCAGACAAACUAACCACACUUCUCAAACAUGUUGAUGAGCUGCUGGGAUGUGUGAUUGACAAGGUUGCGAUGAAAAAGUGCUACAGGGACAGUUUAAGUGAAGGACAAGAUGCUUAUUACUUUGCUUACAUUACUACAGAAUAUACGGUCUAUUCUACUUUAAAAAAGAUGGAGAUUGAAGCAGUGAAGAAGAAUAUGAUUGCUGUGUCAACUCUACCCUAUCUAUUCGGAGAGUAUAAACAGAUACUCAAGGACUUAUAUGAAAUAUUUGUUAAAAAGAAAGAAAUUGUCUGCUCCGGAUUCACCCUUCAGGAGCUCGAGACGUUAAUACCUUGGAGCAGUGAACGGAUGGAAGACAGAGACUUAAAAAUGAAUUUAGGAGUCUGGUUAAUGUGGGAAUUAGAAAGGGAUCCCAAUCUGAAGACCAGCUUUUCAAAAGUAAACAAACAAGUUGAGAAACUGUUUGAGGCAAGUGGGUCAUCCUUUCCCGACAAAGGAGAAUGGGGUAAACUGGACUGGACCUGGUCCGAGUGUAAGGAGAUAUUACAGAAGUUGUUAAUAGUAAAGUUUGAAGAAGCUGCAGGGUUUGAAUGCUCACAAAACCUCAUGGACAAUCUGAUACAGAGAUAUAGAACUGUAGAUAUUAAUUUUAAGAAGUUAGCAAGUGUACUGCAUAAUCUUGCAGAAAUAUACGAGACCAAAGCAGAUUUUAAGCAAAAGAUGCGUGCCGCCACUUCAGAAGAGCAGAAGAAAACUUUAGAAAAUUCUCGAAGAGACAUUUUGGACCCGGAAUACUUCAAGAUAGAAUUUAUCAAUGCUCCUUCACCAUUUAGGUUUUUCCAUGGGCAGAAGUUUAUAUAUCGGGAAAGAGCGAUGCAAAGAACUGAUGAUUUGGCGCAAAAGUUAUCAGUAUGGUUUCCAGACGCUGAGGUACUCCUCUCGAAGCAAGCGAUGAGAAAGUCUGAGAAUAUUAAUGUUACAAAGUUUGUGAUUUUUGUUCAAAAAGUAAACCCGAUCAUGACAAAUAUGGAAGGCUUUGAGAACUUAGAGAUUCCAUUUCAGGUUAUACGUUACCACACAAAGAACGUAACGAACGCGUACGCAUUUAAAGAACAAUUUAAACGAAAUGGCGAGGAGGGAUUUGUGAGAUUAGCACUCAGCCUGACUGAGUUCGAGCUGCCUGGUAUAUUGAGAUGGUCUAAAGUCAUCGAGGAUUCUUUAAUUCUUGAAUUCAGGCCUGUAGUUAGUUAUCUACAUAACAUUCAGGAUAAAAAUUUAGUUCUUCAAGAAAAUCUUGAAUCUUUGCUUGAAGACGCUUCAUCUGUUAGUAUGCAUACAAUAUCCAGUGAUCUUCAGGGCAGUAUAAUACCCAGCGUAAAUGGUGGUAUUGAAAACCUACAGAAACAGUUCAUCAAUGCAGAAUACAUAGAAGCACAUCCGUAUGAUUCUGACUAUGUUGAUCUUCUCAUCAAUGAAAUAAAAAAACAGAAUAUUUACCUUGAGGGGUUGCUGGCUAUCCAUGGUAGAAAGAUCAACGAAGACAAAGAAAAUAAAAAGCUCGAGGACCUUAAACCUUUGCAAAAUGUGAUGGAGGAAGAGUUUAGUUUACGAAAACGUAAAGUUGGUGAACUUUACGGAGACAAACUUGUGGAUAAAUCUUUUCAGAUCCCCAUAAUGGAUAAAGAGAUAUUAGCGGCAGCAGAGAAUAGAAACAUGGGUGUAAUCAGAUCUAAUAUGUGAAAAUCAGAUCUAAUAAGUGAAAACCAGGUCUAAUAUGUGAAAAUCAGAUCUAAUAUGUGAAAAUCAGAUCUAAUAUGUGAAAAUCAGAUCUAAUAUGUGAAAAUCAGAUCUAAUAUGUGAAAACCAGAUCUAAUAAGUGAAAUCAGAUCUUAUAUGUGAAAAUCAGAUCUAUUAUGUGAAUAUCAGAUCUAAUAUGUGAAAAUCAGAUCUAAUAUGUGAAAAUCAGAUCUAAUAUGUUAAACUUCGCAAUAAAAAGCUUUAAUAAAAUGAUCCAUAUUAAUAUAAUUUUUAAAAUUUUGUUCUUUCAAAAAAUAAUAAAUAAAUUAGUCUAUUUAAAAGAUGUUAUCAAUUCUAUCAAUACAUGAAAACAUGCAUGUCAUAUUAUAUCCUUCAAAGACUUUGCUAAUUAGCAAAGUCUUUGAUAUCCUU